CCGCUACUUCGGUUUUGACAAAUUCGAGUGCUUUACUGCGAAACCGUUUCGGUUGUGUCCUGAGGAUAUUGGCGCGGUGCUGUCUGUUCACAUUGGCUGGGCGAACGCAGUAUUCAUUACAGAUUCAUCAAACCAUUAACACCACGGCCGUGAUCGAAACUGCAGCCUCGAGCUUGGUUUUGGACACUUUGCUAAUUUCUGGUGCUUUCCAUGACCAGUUCAAGGUUGCGAAGGUCAUGCCUGUCUGGAAAAAAGGGGCUGGCGUUGCUGAGCUCCGUGGCCUUGGUGGCCCCAAGCAGGUGGGCAGAGGGGCUACCCAAGCGGUCCUGGGCUUACGCGGACACUGGUUGGUGCUUUGCGAGAAGGAGGCGCUUCUCGGACGAGGCCACAGGCCACUCCUGGCACUAGGCCCGCUCCAAGCGGCCGCCCUUGGUCCCACUCGUGCAUUGCUGCUGCACCACAAUGGCUCCAUGCAGGAGCUGCAACUGGAUGACUGCAGGUUGAGCCAAGUGCCGGUGGCAGGCCGGGUGUGUCACGUGAGCUGCGGUCAUGGCCACCAGCUGGCACUCACUGUAAAUGGCCAGCUGCUGAGCUGGGGACACGGCGGCCGCGGCCAGCUGGGCCACGGUAGCCUCGAGUCUGAGCAUUCGCCGCGACUGCUCGAGCCCUUGGCAGGCGUGGCCCUGGUAGGAGCCACUGCGGGUGGCUGGCACUCCGCCGCACUCAGCGAGGCUGGUGACCUCUAUCUCUGGGGCUGGAACCAUGACGGCCAGCUGGCCGCCGAUCCACGGGAAACGCCGCUGUCCACGGUGCCAUUUCUUCUGGAUACACUGCUGGAGGUGCGCGCUGUCAGCCUCGGCUCGCGCCACACAGCUGCUCUAGCAGGCAACGGCUCAGCCUGGGCCUGGGGCAGCAACAUUUAUGGACAGUUGGGGCCCAGCGCAGAUGGGAUGACGCAAAGCGCCAAGCCUGUGGAGGUCGCAGCGGAGGACGCAGUCGCUGUGGACUGUUCACCUUGGGCCACCCUGGUGCUCUUGCGCCAUCAAUAAAGUUAUUAAAAUAGUG